CUUGAAAUUGUCUUUGGGUCGUUUAUAUUCAGUUUCAGUAUAUUAUGAUCGUGCACGGGAAUUCAACGAUCCAAAUUUCGGAUUUUCUGAGUCGUGCACCAAUAAAAAUGCAUUAACUGAACUAGCAAGAAUGUCCAGAGUUAGACACAAUGCAAAAUCCAUAGAAAACAGAUAGAAUUCGUUGAAAAUUUUAAUGAAAUUGUUUGAAACAUUUUGCCCGCUCCACGAAAGGCGGCCAUUUUGAAAAGGAUAAAUUAGGUUUUAUUAGGCAGCUCAUUAACAUUCCAUUUUGUUGCUAUCGACGAUCCGUGAAAAAUGCAUGCCGAAACCUAUACUCGCCUGGAGCAUAGGGUGCCCCAGCGAGUAAUAAAACUAAAGGAUAUAACCUGUCAAACACUGAUCACUUUUGUUUGCGGCAGCCAAUCACAAAACAUGUUCAUUUUAGCUUCGUUCUUACCGCUUUAGAGGGAUUAUAUAUGAGGGUCCUAAAGGGGGUCGUAUUCCCAUUUCCCAGCCCAAAUUUUGACUAAAUCCCAUUGUCCCAGAGCACAAAUCCCAUCAUCUCAGUGGCUGUCCUGCUCAAGUCUUAAUCCUAUUCCCAUUUUCUAUUGUUUUUUUUCUGAUGAAUCCCAGUCCCAGUGCAUGAAAUCCCAUUUUCCCACCCAAAAAUAAGCAAAUCCCAGUUCCCAUUUUACCCCUUCAGGACCCUCAUAUAUGGAUCUGAAAUAAAUUAAAUUCUGUACGGGAUAUACUGCGCUUUCGGCAUAUAAUAUCCCACAGGAUAAUGGAUAAGGUAUGAGAAGAUUGUUGAUAUUUACAAGACCUAAUUUUUUCCAGAAUUUGCGAUUAUAGAUGAGUUUUAAUUUAAUAUCUUUUUAUAUGAUAGGUUGCCCAAUGCCUAUAGGCGUCUUAUAAUUUGACUGAAAUAUUCAAAACUGCGCCUCUCUUGUUAAAUAGGACAAAAAUAUAUUUCUGCAAACAAUGCAAAAGUAUAAGUUCUGGUUUCCUGGUAUAUGGACGACGUAUGCAUUCACUGUAUAGUAAUUAGGAAUAAAUAUGACAUGGCAGGUAACAUAAAAAAUUUGAAAUUUCGGUAGUGAAAUUAAAAAGUUACAUUUCCAAAAUUUAAUUACUGCAAAUCGACGUGAUUUUCAUGAUCAAUAUUUUUUGAUAUCUUUAGCUAGAUGUACUGGUGGUUGUCAAAAUGGUGGUACAUGUAUAUACCCGAACUGGUGCGUGUGUAAAACAGGUUGGAGAGGCUCUCGAUGUCGUAGUGGUAAGAAUGGUUUAUACAAUUAUUUAAUAUAAUGGAUACAGAAAACAGUACUUAUAGAAUUUAUAGAAAACAGUCAUACAGCUAUAGAAAAACAAGUGGGAGUCUGAGAAGACGAGAAAUAGUUAAUCAACGCUCGCGUACUAUAAAAAAUGUUAUAUUGUGAGAUUUUUUUGUUACGUAUCAUGCGCUCAAAACUAAUGCGUAUUAUAUAUCACUUGAGGUUAUGACUAAAUUCAAAAUUUUUAUUUUUCGAUACGUUUCUCAAUCGGCAAACAAACUUAAAAAGUAUGUUUAGUGCUUUAUUUGUAAAAUAAUGCUAAAAUGAAGAUAUUUUAAAUGGUACGCCAAAGAGAAAAUGAUGUCUGAAGUUCAGUAAGUUUUGCUUAUAUGGCUGUAAAUAUGGCGUCAAUUUUAAAGCAUCAUUGAUAAUUGUAUUUUAAUUGACAAUUUUUAACUAUUAUUUUAUGUUUCUCAACCGGCAGAUGCAUUUAAAAAGGUUGCUAACUCUAUAAACUAGAGAAUAAAACUAAAACAAUGUAAUUUUGAGAGGAACGCCAAAAAGAUUUUAGGUUUUGAACACUUUUCAUUGCAAAUACGUGACAUUGAAAAAAAUUGCCUCUUAAUAACAAUUAUACUUUAAGCCCCAUACGAAUAUUAUAUACACUUAUUAAAUGUCACGUCUGCUUUCAACAAUUGUAAUGCUAGCAGAAACGAGUUUAAAAUUAAUAAUAAAAUUAACUGCAUAUCUAUAAUGUUGGCUGCUGUGCAUGGUAUUUUUCUUCAUCUCUUUUAAAUUCUUAACCCAUGCAUAUACGCUAAUGCUAACCCUGGAAAUUUAAAAUUAGUAAGAAAAAAGUUCAAUUUUUUUUAGAAAAGUGCACCAUGUUAUAUAAUUAACUAAUUAAGGGGUGUAGACACGCCCCUUUGAUAAGUUUUAAUAAAUAGAUUGACAUUUAUUUUUAACCUAGCUGUGGUUUAACGUAAACAACAAGAGCGAAGUUUCGCUCAAAAAUAAACACAGUAUUCAGUAUGUCAGUAUAGGGCCAUUUAUACGACUAUACCAGCGAAAUAAGCCGUGGCUCGUCUUAUUUAAAGCACGAAAAAAAUACUAUGUAGUCCCGUAUAAAUGUUCUUUUUCGCGACUUUAUUUUCGCUUGUAUGUAAACUCACAUCAGGCUAUUGACUAUUUUUCACACAAACACACAAAAAAAACAUGAAAUUAUUACCAUUCUAUGUCCUACACGCGAAAUUUGAUCCAUUAACACUACAUGCCGUCCUUCUUUUACCUCGUUCCAGACUUUUUCCGCGAGCCCCACCCUAGCAGAAUUGAAUUCGACACAUGCAAAAUGCGACGUCUGAAACAGGUCGCAUUUAGCUCGCACUUAGCACGUAUUAUGCGACCGGUCGGGUCGAAUUUAAAGUUAAGGUCGACCGCAAUUAAAAACGUCGCAUUUAAUCGUUUCAGACGUCGAAUUUUGCAUGCACAUAAUUCAAGCAAUUGAAUUCGACACAUGCGAAAUGCGACGUUUGAAACAGGCCUAACAUGCAGCAUGGCCAGAAAUUCAGACAUGCGCCCGCAAUAUAUCUCAGCGGUUUUUCCCUUGAAAAGUUAUUCAUACCUAACAAACGCAAGUUUUAACUAAAAAAAUACAUUUGCUUAGUUUUUUGUUUAAAUAUAGCAGAAAAAUACAUAUAUUAGGUAUUGACGGCCUUUUACAUACCUUUCAUUUAUUAUGAUGGGAUAUAAAGUGAUACGCAUGGUAAACGACUCAAAUAUUUUGUGUAUACAUCGCUAUCCCUCCGUGUAGCCCACACUGAAAGACAGCCUGGUUCCUAAGCUUCUUGUUGAUAUCAAACAUGGACGACAAUUCAUGAAACAUCGUUCUUCUUGCAAUGUUUUACGGCCUAUCGACAGGGUAUUUAUGGGUAAAAUAUCAACAUUUUGUCCCGUAAAUUGGAACAAGUUAAAAAAAUCGUAUCACUAUGAAAUUAUGCAGACAAGCAGGGGACAACAUAUAUUUUACGACACGAAGUCUGCAAAUUUCAUGAAGGGUUCGAGGGAUACAUGCGGCCAGAGCGAAAUGUAGGUUUUGAACGAUUUUCUCAAGUUUUACUAUACUUUAUUAUACGCCGAUGUACUAUGAAGCGAACUUGAAUAAUGGAACAACUUAUAGGUAAGAUCCCGAUGCGAAACUUUCCUGUUUUACGGUCCAGAUAUAGUUUAUAUUAUUGCGAAGUCUGCAAAUGACAUAGCUAUUAUCAAACAAGUUUAAAUUUCAAAAAACCGCACCACUCCUAAUGAUUUAUAUAUAACAAAUCCGCCAUUUUGUUUGUCAAAGUUCGCACAUGCUCAGAAUCAAUGUCCGUAAUUUCUGGCCAUGAAAUAAAAACGUGAGCCCCAAAUAUUUUUCUGCUCACCGCAUCUGUCAUUAUGCCACCCGUGCUUCCACAUUGUUGGAGAUUGUCAAUAUUUAAUAUUUAACUGUUUAUGGCAUACCUGAAGUUAAUUAAUGCGCAAGUGUCAAUCAAAAAGCAUGCGGUUUGUACAUUGCAAGAAUUUGUGUGAUUGUGUUGAGACGGGGCGAGAAUAAAUAUAUUUUUCAUAAAAGCGUUUGAAAUCUCUACUUUUAGUGAGUUGUUGUGAAUAUAGGAGGCAAUUCACGACACACAUAUUGGUUUGACGUUUCCACUAUAGAGACGCUUCAGAUUAAUGUUUAAGAAAUAGAAAGUAGAAGAUAUUACAUAGUAAACAAUUUUACUCAAAAGAUCGACAUUAAAAUUCACCUAAUAUGUACUCAAAGACGUCACGCACAUGAUUUUACUGUCGCGAGCCAAGGAGCAAAAACGAUUCAAAUUCAGGGUUGGUAACUUGGCUUUUUUGUGGCCAAAUAACUCGAUUUUGGCUUUUUUGUUUCUUGUUUGCCUUAAAAAAAUGUUUGGCCUUUUGGCUUUUUUAUCAAUUGACAGGAAUUUUCAGUAUUUUUUAGCAUAAUUUAAUACCGCGAAAGAAGGUUAAACCAUAUAGAACAAUGUAAGAAUUGCCUUAAGCCAUAAAGAAACAUGUAAGAAUUGUGUGUCGUUGUCAGAGGAUUGAGGAUAACCCAGUUCUAUUGACACCCAAUCUGAUCUCAGGAAAUUCAGCCAAUUGUCAGGCUGAAUAACUAACCAAUGAAACGUUUUUAUAGCCAUGUCUUCGCAAACGUUCGCCCCUCAGUAUUUUGCAUGUAAAAAUGAUAAAUUUUGCUUUAAUAAUUUAAAUAAAUUAUUUGGGUUGUUUCUACUUGUACUACUUUUGUAAAAAAAGAAGAUACGGCAUUGAAGUAGAAAGGGUCCUAUUAAAAAUAUUGUUAAGAUUUGAUUUUUUUUUGGCUUUUUUCAACAAAUGAAAUUUGGCCUAAUUUAGUGGAAUUUGGCUUUUUUCAAAAUGUCACUAGAUGACAAAAUUUGAUAAACUUUUGAUGGUAAAGCUGCGGGGAAACUGUUUAAUUAAAAUGGGGGGCAGUGGUACACAGACCAAUUUGGUAAUCUUUUUAAUUUCUGCAUCUGGGCUGCUGGAUUUGCCAUGAAAGACGUUAAAUCGAAUAAGUUUCGUCGUGUUGCUCAGUUUUAAUUUUUGAAAUUAUUGUAUUUUUGCCGAAUAUCUAGCAUUAUUUUUCACCCUGCUCGGUUUCCUUUGGUCUUAGCGGGGAAUAUAUUCAAUAUUCCCCUCUAAUCAAUUUCCGUUUAAUAAUCCCCUCUAAUAUUCACCUGCAAUUAAUAAUCCCCUCUAAUAUUCACCUGCAAUGUCUUUGCAGCACAAAAAAAUGAGAAAAAAACAACAUAACGAAGGCAAUAUUGCAUUAAGAAUUAUUUCUAUUCUGACCCAUUAACGCGACCUCGCAGUGUGAAAAAUAAGUACGUUAUUUUGAGGCACCUCGGGGAUAUGUGUUUAUUCACCUCGGCGCUACGCGCCUCGGUGAAUAAAUCACAUAUCCCCUCGUUGCCUCAAAAUAACCUAUACGUCUUCGUCAGAAGCGUUGAAGGUACCUUCUAAAUCACAGUCCUUUUUUUAAGUUUUGGGUAUUCCUGUAUCCUUUUCCAGGUUUUUCUCGGCGAUCAGUUUGCACAGAGCUUUUGCCCAAAACUUGUCGAGACCAAAACAAAUUCGACGAAUGCCAAGCUGGUUAAUUUUACUAUUUCUACACGUAGAACUAUAGACAAAAUUGCUUUGUUCCUUUGGUCUAUUCAUUCUUACUUUCUGAUAAAAUUUUGUAUUUUAAAAACUCUAAGAGGUGUUUUAUAUUUUGCCUAAAAAGCAGAGAUGACGUGACGUAACGUAACGUAAAGUAACGUAACGUAUCGUAUCGUAUUGGGGGGUGUAUUAUAUUAUAUAUUUAUAUUUAUAUUUAAUGCGCAUGUUUGUUUCCUUAUAUUUAUAUUAUAUUCAAACAUUGUAGAUACUGACGAAUGCAAAACGGGCCAGAGCCGAUGUAGUUACAAACGAGGAUGUAGAAAUAUGGCAGGUAGCUACAGAUGCACAUGUCGCUCAGGCUAUAAACUGCUCUCGGAUCAACGCACAUGUAAAGGUAUUUGCUCAACGUGAUUUCUUUUUCAUCGAUUAAUUAAAACUAAUAUUCACCAAAGUGGGAGUGAAUAGUGCAAGGGUUUCACCGAGAUGCAAAGCAUCGGGGUGAAUAUCCUUGGACUUUUGAGCGACCCUGUAUGAGGUGAAUAAUUGUUUUAGGAUAUAAAAUAAAAUAAAAUAAAAUAAAAUAAAAUAAAAUAAAAUAAAAUAAAAUAAAAUGAAAUGAAAUGAAAUGAAAUGAAAUGAAAGGAAAGGAAAGGAAAGGAAAGGAAAGAAAAGGAAAGGAAAGGAAAUGACCAUACAAAACGAAAUUGACUAAAAAACAACGAAAAUAUUUUUAAAACAUUUUGUAUAACAGCUUCCAUAAGAGUUGUAAACAAAACAGCAUUACAAGCUUUUAGUAAUUUUAUUUAUUAGAAAUAGUAAAUACCUCCUCACACUGUAAAACAAGUAAAGUUUAAAAAUAUUUACUCGUCUGUAAGCGGAACAAAACCGGAAGCCAUCUUGUUUUUGUCCGGAAGUGCAGGUAGGUAGGUUAAACUUUAUUUGACUACGCUAACCCCUACAACGAAAGCUGAUUUCGUUAGAAAAGAGUUAGAAGAAAAAAACUGAGAGGACAAAGUGGGCAAGUUCUGUAGUAGUUGUACCAAAGGCUGAUAAGUCUAUAAGGUUGUGUCGAGACUAUAAGGUUACAAUAAACCAGUCGGUGCAAGACGAGCAGUAUCCUCUUCCCAUUACACAUGAUUUGUAUACUAUGCUAACAGGAUCUAAAGUUUUUAAUAAACUCGAUUUAUCUCGUGCAUAUGCUCAGCUAAAUGUCGUUAAAGAGAGCCAAGAGUAUCUUACAAUAAACACACAUAAAGGGUUGUAUGGCUACACUAAGUUACCUUUUUGGGUUAAAUCUGCACCUAAGAGAUUUCAGUCUAAAAUGGAUCGGAUUCUCCAAGGGAUAGAGAAAUGCGUGUGAAAGCAGGAUGACAUUCUUAUUGGUGGGAAUGACUGGAGAGAGAAUCUGAAGAUAUUAGGUGAGGUUUUAGAAAGAUUAUGUCGGCAUAAUGUACACUUAAAACAGUCCAAGUGUGAGUUUCUAAAACCAGAAGUUGUGGACCUAGGUCUUAAAAUUAAUGAAAAGGGCUUGCACCCGGUAGAGGAGAAUGUGGACGUUGUUAGGAAGGCCUCUGUGCCAUCUAACGUCAGUGAGCUAAGAUCUUUUUUGGGUAUGGUAUAAUAUUAUAAUUUAUUUCUUCCAAAUUUGGCAACAACCUUAGCACCUUUGCAUAAGCUUUUAAAAAAAGAUGUCCAGUGGAAGCUAGUGGACGUCCGAAUGUCAAAAAGCUUAUGAUGUUUGUAUAAACAAAGUGUUACUAAUGAUACCCUGUUAGUACACUACGAUUUAGAUAGGAAAUUAAGACUUGCUUGUGAUGCAUCAAGUUACGGACUUGGUUCCGUUCUGGCUCGGGGAUAAUAAAACUAAAUAAUGUAAAAAAAAAACGUUGGUCGCUACAUUUAAAUAUUUCAUAUUAGCCGGUAUAGCUAACAUUGUUUAUUUUCAUUAAUUGAGCGCGUAGGCGUUGUUGGAGUUGGCAGGAGGCGUUCUGGAAUUUUCCGAGAGAACAGGCUACUUAUGGGAUACACCAAAUGAUCGCAUUACCGGUGUUUCAUCCCUUCUAUUAUAAUAUAUUCUUCCCUCGCCUUCCGUUCGCGCCCGCAAUCCUUGAUGUUAUUUUCGUUGGAACGCCAUGUAAUAUUUUCGUUUUGUCAAUUGAUUCGCCAUAUUUUGAACAAUAAUAAAAUAUGUUGUUUAUGUUGUGAAUCAUCGUUCGAAGCAAUGUUUGAAGCUAUUCACUGUAAAUGCAAGCUCUUAUGAUUUAUACAAAGUAAGUGCAAUAAUUUAUAUAUUAUUACGUUAUGAUGUUUUAUUCAUAUUACGUUUAAUAUGAUGUUUUGUUCAUAUUAUUGAUAUUCAUAUAAACACAGUUCUUAGUUGGACCCCCUGUGGUUUCGUACACAUGAAUUAAAUGAAGCAAGAGAAUGUUUGUUUCUUUCUUCAUCUGAAAGGCUGUUCCACAAGACUUUUUUAAAGAUAUUCAGUCUUAGGUUUGGGCAUAAGCACAUAUUAAUUAAUGUAUUAUGAUCCACACAAGAUUUUAGCUUUCUAAUCGCCCCAAUUCCGAAUGAAAUCUUCUUAGAAAUUCUAUCAAUAUGCUUAUCCCACGAUAGAAACUCGUCAAUAUGAACUCCAAGUGCUUUUAUUUCUUUCGACCUUUUUAAUUGGUGUAUUACGAACAAAUACGUUAGGAGCAGCAUGCAAGUGAAUUAUUGAUUUUGUACCGUGAUCCUAUUAGGAGAUAAUCAGUUUUGACUAGAUUUAGAGAUAAUCUAUUUGCAGAAAGCCAUUG